UGCCAGAGCCUCGCUCUCAUAAGCCACGCCUCUUAUGUUGGCAGACAUCAAGCCUCUGUCUGGAAUACUGCAGAAUAUUUCAAGCACAGCAGCUGAGCGGCGGCUUGGCUCUGCACAAGGGUUAUAGAUACCAUCUGACCCUUUCUCUCUCCAGCAUUUAAUGACAGAGCUGAUUAGACUCACUUGAGAGUCUUUUGUUAUGGAUCACUAGAGCUGAGAUCACUGAUAACCAGCUGAAACAUGGAGAAAGAGCCAAUGCUCUGUGACAAGCUAGCUCUCUGCUGAGCCCCACCCAACAGCCUGCAGAUCACCCUCUGAGAUCCUCUGAGCUCCACAACUUUACCAUGUGCCAGUCGAUACUGAUUGCAGCCAGAAGAUACAGGAAAACAAUGUGCCCCACUUGCUAAAUGGAGAAUGGAGGAGAGACAGCUAAGGCACUUCCUAACCCUGCAGGCUCACAGACAAAAACCAGACCAGAUGAAUCUCACUUCUGGCUUUUCCGUAUCCUCCGGAAAUACAGAUUAAUCACGGUCCUGUUUCUGGUUUUUCUCAUUAUUGCUAUUAUUGUUUUGGCAGUGGUUAGCAGUAGACCCUGCCCAAAUCAUGCCGCUACCACAUGUCCAGUCGAUUGGAUCGGGUCCCAAGGGAAAACAUACCCAUGGAAAUGCUACUAUUUCUCAAAAGUCGAUGGGGAUUGGAACUCCAGCCAGAGAAACUGCUCUUCGCUCGGUGCCUCCCUGGCUACAGUUGACACCUGGGAGGAAAAGGAGUUUAUGCUGCACUAUAAGGGACGCUCAGAAACCUGGAUUGGCCUUACCAGGGAACAAGCAGACAAGCCCUGGAAAUGGGUAAAUGACACCCCAUUCAAUGACCAGUUUCCAAUAAGGGGAGGAGGUGAAUGCGCGUAUCUGAACGACGACAAAGGUAUCAGCAGCUCAAGAUGCAGCACAGGGAGACGCUGGGUCUGCAGCAGGCCAGCCUGAUGCACAAAGCCACGGCAAAAGGCAAUGCAAGGCCUCUGAGUGAGGGAGAGUGAUUAGUCAUCAUUUGGCUUUCUGAACUGGAGAUAUUGACCACUGUCGACUCACUGAGGACUGGUCCAAACCUGUGUUUCGAUGGAAUAUUGGGCUGGGAAAUGUAGUUCUCGAGGAUUCUGAGGCCAGAAGGGACCACUGUGAUCCCCACUCCUAGAUGGGAGACUGCGGUGCAUUGUGGGAGACGUAGUCUGACCGAGAGGCCUGGCAUGUAGAGGAGAAUGGGAGCAUGAGGAAACAGAACUACAUCUCCCAUGAGAUACCACAGCAACAUUUCCAAAUCAAAAUAUUUCAGUUUUGGCUAAAAAAAUGGAAGUUUUCUACACAAACCCCCUGCCCUAUAUUCUGACCAGCUCUGGUCUCAACUAAUGUUCCAAAGUGUUAGCAUUAGGGCCUUCAGUAACGUACAAGUUAUUUUUCUGAAUAUUAAUAUAGUUUUCCAUAUGACCAGCUACAAAACCCAUCAAAGAAAACACUAUGUUCUUCCCUUCCUCUUGAAGCAAUACCUCUCCUACCGGCUUCUCAACCUGGAUGUGGCAAACAAGCUGUUACCAAAGGGCUGUAAUCACACUGCCUUUCCUGUAGUGUUCAAUGAGAAGUCGGUCUUGAUGUGGAAAAGGUUGAGACCCCUUGAUCUACCCACUGCAUGAACAAUUCACGAACAGGCAUUCUCUUCUGAGUCAAUAAAGGAAAUGGGAGAGA